UGGAUCGUGGCCAAAGGGCUCUGCGUUCGGAAUUCAUGGCGGAGAUCUGUGGGGAUCCAACCUCUCUCGGUGAAGGGAAUGAGAGUGAGAAAAAUAGUGAAGAGGAGGGAAGAACAGCAGCAAAGCAGGAGAAAGGAAGGGAAUGUGUUGCUUUGGAAGGUGGCAACUUGCAUGAAAUUCCAGUCCAAGAGGAAUGUCACAAAGGAAAUCUUUCUCUUGACCCUGGAGAGACCGUUCUGACUGGUGAACUCUUAGGUAGUAACUCAAGCCUUAGCACAUGCGAUGGAAUAGAUAAUGAGGAAGACCCACAUAAAUGUUCCAUGAGCGGAAACAGUUUCAAUGCAAUGCAAAUACAUGCCUUACAGUCCAUCAAACACGCAGGGGAGAAACCAUAUAAAUGCUCCGAAUGUGGAAAGAGCUUCACCAAGAGAGAGCACCUUACUUCACAUCGAAGGACCCACACAGGGGAGAAGCCAUACCAGUGCUCAGAGUGUGGGAAGCGCUUCAGUCAGAGCAUAAACCUCACUUCGCAUCAAAGAAUCCAUACAGGGGAGAAACCAUAUAAAUGCUCAGAGUGUGGGAAGAGCUUCACUCAGAGAGAGCACUUGGCGUCACAUCACAGAAUCCACACCGGGGAGAAACCGUAUCAGUGCUCAGAGUGUGGAAUGAGCUUUAGCCAGAGCACAAAUCUCACUUCUCAUCAAAGAAUCCACACUGGGGAGAAGCCGUAUACGUGUGCAGAGUGUGGGAGGAGCUUCAGUCGGAGCACAGACCUCGCUAUCCAUCAAAGAAUCCACACCGGGGAUAAGCCGUAUUCGUGCACAGAAUGUAAGAAGAGCUUCAGUCGGAGCUCAGACCUUGCGACCCAUCUAAGAAUCCACACAGGGGAGAAACCAUACAAAUGCUCCGUGUGUGAGAGGAGCUUCAGUCAGAGAUCAGCACUUACUUUACACUACAGAACCCACACAGGGGAGAAACCAUACGUGUGUUCGGAAUGUGGAAAGAGGUUCAGUCACAGCAAUAGCUUUACUUCCCAUCAAAGAAUCCACACCGGGGAGAAACCAUACGUAUGCACCGAGUGUGGGAAGAGCUUCAGCCAGAGCUCGGACCUUUCUAUCCAUCAGAGAAUCCACACAGGGGAGAAACCGUACACAUGCUGGGAUUGUGGGAAGACCUUCAGUCACCGCAACAGCCUUACUUCCCAUAAAAGAAUGCACACGGGAAAGAAACCGUAUACGUGCUCCGAGUGCGGGAAGACCUUCAGUCAGAGCUCAGACCUUGUUAUCCAUCAGAGAAUGCACACAGGGGAGAAACCAUUCACUUGUCCAGAGUGUGGAAAGAGCUUUAGUCGGAGUUCAGACCUUGUUAUCCAUCAAAGAAUCCACACGGGAGAGAAACCGUAUCCAUGUCCAGAGUGCGAAAAGAGGUUCUGUCGGAGUUCAGACCUUGUUAUCCAUCAGAGGAUCCACACAGGAGAGAAACCGUAUCAGUGCUCGGAGUGUGGGAAAAGCUUCACUAAGAGAGAGAACCUGAAUUCCCAUCAAAAAAUCCACACAGGGGAGAAGCCGUAUGCAUGCCUAGUGUGUGAAAAGAGCUUCCGUCACAGCUCUGCGCUUACUUCCCACCAAAGAAUCCACACAGAAAAGAAAAUAGAUAAAUGCCUUGAGGGUGGGAAAAGUUUCAAGCAGAGAGUGCACGUUACAUCCCAUCAAAGAAUUCACACAGGGGAGAAACCAUAUAAAUGCCUGGAGUGUGGGAAAAGCUUCAGUCGUAGUUCCAAUCUUACUUCCCAUCAAACAAUUCACACAGGGGAGAAACCAUAUAAAUGCCUGGAGUGUGGGAAAAGCUUCAGUCAGAGUUCAAACCUCCGUGUUCAUCAGAAAACUCACACAGGGGAGAAACCAUAUACAUGCCUGGAGUGUGGAAAAGGUUUCACUGACAGUGCCAGUCUCACCUCCCAUCAAAGAACUCACACAGGGGAGAAACCAUAUGAAUGCCAAGAGUGUGGAAAAAGCUUCAGUUUCAGUUCAAACCUUAGUGUCCAUCAGAAAAUUCACACAGGGGAGAAACCAUAUAAAUGCCUGGAUUGUGGAAAAUGUUUCGGUGAUAGUGGAAAACUUACGUUGCAUCAAAGAAUUCACACAGGGGAGAAAUCAUAUAGAUGUCUGGAAUGUGGAAGAUGCUUCCGUGAGAGUGGAAAACUUACCUUGCAUCAAAGAAUUCACACAGGUGAAAAGCCAUAUAAAUGCUUGGAGUGUGGAAAAAGUUUCAGUCAGAGUUCAAACCUUCAUGUUCAUCAGAAAACUCACACAGGCGAGAAACCCUAUAAAUGCCUGGAGUGUGGAAAAAGCUUCAGUUUCAGUUCAAACCUUAGUGUCCAUCAGAAAAUUCACACAGGGGAGAAACCAUAUAAAUGCCUGGAGUGUGGAAAAAGCUUCAGUCAGAAUUCACACCUUAAUGUUCAUCAGAAAAUUCACACAGGGGAGAAACCAUAUGAAUGCCUGGAGUGUGGGAAAAGCUUCAGUCAGAGUGGAAAACUUACUUUGCAUCAAAGAAUUCACACAGGAGAAAAACCAUAUAAAUGCCUGGAGUGUGGACAGAGAUUCAGUCAGAGUGGAAAGCUGACUUCCCAUCAGAGAAUUCACACAGGUGAGAAACCAUACAAAUGCCUGGAGUGUGGGAAAAGGUUCACUGACAGAUCAGCUCAUACUUCCCAUCGAAGAAUUCACACAGGGGAGAAACCAUAUAAAUGCCUGGAGUGUGGGAAAAGCUUCACUGUAAGUUCCAGUCUUACUUCCCAUCAGAGAAUUCACACAGGGGAGAAACCAUAUAAAUGCUUGGAGUGUGGAAAAGGUUUCAGUCAGAGUUCACAACUUUCUGUUCAUCAGACAGUUCACACAGGGGAGAAACCAUAUAAAUGCCUGGAGUGUGGGAAAAGCUUCAGUUGCAGUUCACACCUUAGUGUUCAUCAGAAAAUUCACACAGGGGAGAAACCAUAUAAAUGCCUGGAGUGUGGAAAAAGCUUCAGGAAGAAUGGACACCUUGCUUCUCACCAAAGGACUCACACAGGGGAGAAACCAUAUAAAUGCCUAGAGUGUGGGAAAAGAUUCAGUGAGAGUGGAAAACUAACUUUGCAUCAGAGAAUUCACACAAGAGAGAAACCAUAUAAAUGCCUGGAGUGUGGGGAAAGCUUUACUGGCAGUUCCAAUCUUAAGAACAUAAGAACAUAA